AUCUAUGAUUCUAUAUAUUUUUUAUUUGUAGAAAUGUAUAUGCAAUACACAUUUAUGCCAUCUAUUGUAGCAUUUUUGUCAACAUUUUCUGACUGUUUUACUGUUUAUGACUGAAAACAAGAGUACGAAUAAGUGAACCACAGUAUCAGGAAAUAAAAAAAAAAAACAAUCAACCCAUCCAAGCAUAUCAUUUACAGUAACAAGGAAGUGCUGCUGGAUUUCCUGCAUCACAUUUUUUUGUGUUUCUUUUAUCCUUCCGAAAGGUCAUAAAAAGUGUCAAAAUAAGUUCAACAAUUAAAAGCGGUGAUAAAAGUGUCAUCAUAAAUUCAACCAUGAAAGUACAUCAAACAAAAUACUUACAGGUGUGUUUUAACCCUUUCAUGCACCAAUUCAGGAUAACGUGUAGGUUACAGUAACUGCUGUCCCUGAAAGGGUUAAAAUCAGUGAGCGGCUGUAAAGUAAAAGCGAAAUAAAUCAAAACUACUCACCCAGUCGUCGCUUCUGGUGCUGAAGUGCUGAUCAAACGUCAGUGUGUAGCUCUUUGCUACACUUUAGGACCUUCAGUCCUGUUCUAUGCUGAGUUGAAAAACGUCAAAACAAUCCGGCCUUUCUUUGAGGAAUUUGUAUGUUUGCCAGAGUACCUGGAGAAUACCCGUACUUUCCGUGGGUUCUCUCCAGAGAGGCGUCGCCAGGGGGUCCUCCAUGGUGCUGUGCGGCGAGGGCGACUGCAGCGUUUGCCUGCUGGCCUUCUCCCGGGCGGAGCGCGUCCCUCGGCUGCUGCACUGCCAGCACACCUUCUGCCAGACCUGCCUGGAGGCCAUGGCGGCGCGCUCGGCGCCGGGAGGCGUUGGGCCGGCGCUGAGCGUGCGCUGCCCACUGUGCCGCCGCGUCACCUGCGUGCGGCGGGGCCUCAGCCUGCAGGAGGCGCUGUGGGUUGACAACGCGCUGUGGGAGCAGAUACCGAGCGACCGGGAAGACGAUGACGACGAAGACGGGAUCAAAGACUACAGGGAGGAGGCGAGGGCGGCCACGCCCCGAGCACAAUGGUCUCUGUCGUCCCAGCAAUUCCGCCAGACACAAGCUGAAGUUCCGCUUCUUCUUCCGCAAGUUUACACUGACCAAGAGGCCCCGAGAGCAGAUUCUGCCCAGCAGUAAUGUGUAAGUCGGACAC